GGUCCGGGGUCCGGCGAGGAGAGUGGGCGCCGGGGAGGUGGGUACAAAGGGCUGGGUGUGAGAGAGCGACCUGAUGUUCCCAUCGCAGAUCCGCCUCUUCUCCAGGGCUGGGGGAGCGGCUGGAGGGAACGGACGCCGGGGUUGGGCCCACGGACUCAUCGGGAGCAAACACUUAGCGCUGAACACGGUAAAUCCUGAUACCGGCCAUUCAUAUCGGGAAACCACUGCCCCCUCCCCGGCGGGUGGUCCGGACCGGUGCAGCCGUCGUCUGAUUCGAACUCGUGCGGCAGACACAGGUGACCAUGUAAUGCUGUGGACAGAAUGUGGGCAGGAGCUCUCAGACGCCCAGCGUCUGCCGCCACACGUAUAGAAAAAUUCGCUUGACCAGGAUGGCCAAGGGAAAUGUAGGACUUCAGCCACCUUCAGCCUCAUUGGGACACCAGUGAAUUAGCCAUGAAUGGUGAUUCUGGAAAUCAGGAUUCAUUACAAGAUGUUCCAGACUGGAAGGAAUUUUGUGAAGUCCAGGCACGUGCUGCUGCAUCUGAUUUCGCUCAGAAAUUCCGGGUAUUUAUAAGUGAAAAUCCUCAUUAUGAAUGCUCUGGAAUAGAAGCCAGUUUCUCUCAACACUUUGCUUUCCAUUUUGUGGAGUACUUUGCACGAGAGGUGAAUGGGUCAUAUCUCUCAGACUCUACAGCCAGGUGCAGCGUCGCUCCGUUCUCCGACAUUCAGAGCUGCCAGCUCUCGUCCAGGGAAGGAGUCCUCCAGAGGAAAGCCGACUCCUGUUCUCUCACAAGAGGAGAGAACAUGUCAAACUCCAGCAGGUACCCAAGACAUCAGCAAGUCUGCAACGUGUCCAGUUUGGGUCAUUCUCGGAGCUCAGAGGAUGUGUCGUUCAGUGCUUCUGCCAGACCUAAAUUUAAGAAAGGAUUUUCUUUGCGGAAUAUGAGUAUGUGUAUGGUUGAUGGGAUGAAGGAGAUGUUGCAGUGGAGGUCCUCGGCUGAACCUCUGCUGGGUGCGAAGCCUGAAGGAGAGGAAGAUUCCUCAGGGAAUAGACUUGAAACUGAAGCCCACGACAGAUGGAGCCAGAAACUUGAGCGCUUGCGCUUAACAAAGCUGUCCUCCACCAAGGUCGAGCUGCAGGACAUCCAGAGGGAAGGAAUGCUGAGGUACAUGUUGGUUGAUGACUCCAACAGUUUGAGCAGCUUACAGUGGCAGAAGUGCCGGGUGUUGCUACGGAAAGCCGUGGGAAUCGAGGAAGAGAGGUUCAUUCUGGAAUUUUACGUCCCACCAAAGUCAACAAAGUCACGAGUCAGCAUCCCGCUCUCUACAAUUGUGGAAGUGCGGACCACUAUGCCACUGGAAAUGCCGGACAGAGACAACACGUUUGUGCUGAAGGUGGAGAAUGGUGUGGAGUACAUCCUGGAGACUAUUGACUCCCUGCAGAAACACUCGUGGGUUGCAGACAUUCAGGACUGCAUGGAGCCAGGAGACAGUGAAGAGGACGCAGAGCUGACCUGUCCCAGCAGAGAGUCAUCCUUCUUCCCUGACUGCACCUGUGACUCCGACACCAUCACCCAGCUCCCAGUCAAGUCGUGCAGUGAUCCAGAGUCUGCUGUCACCGUUUCUCCAGUCAGACCAAAGGAAGUCCAGGGAUCACAGCCACUCGCUCACGUUCCUUUAGAAAACUUCCUGCAGACGUUACGCUCGGACUCUCCAAGCACCAUCAUUUCCACAGAUGAGAAGGAGCCGCCAGCGUCUCCGACCCUGCUGUCAGGGUACCCCUGGUUCCAUGGAACUCUGUCACGGAUUAAGGCGGCCCAGCUGGUACUAGCUGGUGGCAGGAGGAGUCACGGCCUCUUUGUCAUUCGUCAGAGUGAGACCCGGCCAGGAGAGUAUGUCUUGACUUUCAACUUCCAGGGCAAAGCCAAGCACCUCCGCCUGUCUGUGAAUGAAAUGGGCCAGUGCCAUGUACAGCACCUCUGGUUUCAGUCCAUCCUGGAUAUGCUCUGGCACUUCCACACCCAUCCUAUUCCCUUGGAGUCUGGAGGUUCUGCUGACAUUACUCUCCGUACCUAUGUUCUCGUCCCACAGCCUAUCCCAGAAGUGAGUACAUCUUCAUCCAGCAACCUGCCUCCAGGUGCCCUGAUACAAGCCAGCCCCAGUGGUGAUGCUGAUCAGUCACAACACUCCUUUCCCAGUGCAGUUUCUCGGAGUCUCCCACCCGUUGCCCAGACUGAAGACCCGCCAGUGACCAACACAGUAGAGACUGCCAUCUCUGUGCACAGCAAUACUUCCGAGCAUCUGUUGCAGCCUCCACCUGCAGUCUCAGAGGACUACCAUGAUAGUGAUGUGACAAGAAAUCGAAUUCGAGCUGUAGAAAAUCAAUACUCUUUUUACUGAUACAAAGGAAUGCAAUAAUGCACACCCAUGAGAAUGUUUGGAAAGGUGUUAAGAAGCAGCUGCCCCAUUUGACUAUUGGUGACAAAGAUGAUGUGGACUGCACCAAUGGAGGGGUUCAUAUGAACUGCAAGGUGACUAAUGCCAUAUGUGCUUCAACUCCAGAUGACACGGAUGAACCUGAUUAAAUCUUUUUUCUAUAUAUUGUUUUUCACAAUUACAGUAAAGAAAGAACUUUGGUGGACUGUGUACUAUGGCGAGGGCUGAAAUGUUCUACAUCAUCAUAUUGUCUAGGGUUGAUUUUUUCAGUAAGUUUCUAAAUUAUUGCUACUGCUUGGUCUGGUUAAAGUCUCCAUUCGUUUGCCAUUUACUUUGUUUAACUUUCGUGGUAAAGCUGAUAGAUUUUGAAGUUAGUGGUUACCUUUAAACCAAGCAGUAAUUUCAACUGUUCAAUCAUGCUAAUGGGAUGGGAUUAGAGAUGAACCUGUUUAAGUAUGAAAAAUAUUUUAAUAUUGCUCUGCAUUUGUACACUGUCGUGCACCAAUCACCUCAAUAUUGGGAGGUCCCAACUCCCUGUGGAUGGUGGUGGGCAGUCUCUGCAGUUCAUCAUUCACCAACACAACUGGCAGACAGACUAAAGUGGCUGAGGACUGUGUGUUUGUUUUCAGUGGAGCAGGCGAUCCAUACAUUAUUGACCUGGCUGCCAUGUUCUAUGUGAGGGAACCAGAUUGACCGAAAUGACGAUGCCCUCACAGUUCCAGAGCUGAGCUGGAGUCGGCAUUAAUUGAAAGAGAAACUGGAGUAGGAUAGAGAAGUUAAACAGCAGGAUUGAGAGGUUAAACAUGGAGAAAGUUCAAAGUAAAUUUAUUACCACAGUGCAUACAGUAUAUGUCACCAUAUACAACUCUGAGAUUUCUUUUCUUGCAGGCAGUCACAAUAAAUACAAGAUACCCAGAAACGUCAAUGAAAGACCAUAAGACAUAGGAGCAGAAUAGGCCAUCUGGCCCAUUGAGUCCGCUCCGCCAUUCAAUCAUGGCAGAUCCUUUUUUUUUAAAAUCUCCCAGCCUUCUCCUCAGAGCCUUUGAUGCCAUGUCCAAUCAAGAACCUAUCAAGCUCUGCCUUAAAAACAUCAAACAACUUGGCCUCCACGGCUGUUUGGGGCAACAAAUUCACCACCCUUUGGAUAAAGAAAUUUCUCCACAUCUUUGUUUCGAAAGAGUGACCCUCUAUCCUGAGACCCUUUUGUCCUAGACACUCCCACUAUGGGAAACAUCCUUUCCACAUCUACUCUGUCUAGGCCUUUCAACAUUAGAAAGGUUUCAAUGAGAUUCCCCUCCCCUAAUCCUUCUGAAUUCCAGUGAGUACAGACCCAGAGCCAUCAAACUUUUCUCAUAUGAUAACCCUUUCAAUCCUGGAAUCAUCCUUGUGAACCUCCUCUGGACCCUCUCCUAUGCCAGCACAUCUUUUCUAAAGUAAGGGGCCCAAAACUGUUCACAAUACUAAAGGUGAGGCCUCACCAGUGCCUUAUAAAGCCUCAGCACCACAUCCUUGCUCUUGUAUUCCAGACCUCUUGAAAUGAAUGCAAACAUGGCAUUUGCCUUCCUCACCACCAAUUCAACCUGCAAGUUAACUUUCAGGGUGUUCUGCACAAGGACUCCCAAGUCCCUCUGCAUCUCAGAUUCCUGGAUUUUCUUCCUGUUUUGAAAAUAGUCCGCACAUUUAUUUCUACUACCAAAGUGCACGACCAUGCAUUUUCCGACAUUGUAUUUCAUUUGCCAUUUUCUUACUCAUUCUCCUAAUCUGUUUAAGUCCUCUGCAUCAUACCUAUUUCCUUAACACUACCUACCCCUCCACCAAUCUUUGUAUCGUCUGCAAACUUGGCAACAAGCCAUCUAUUCUAUCAUCUAAAUCAUUUACAUACAGCAUAAAAAGAAGUCCCAACACCGACCUCUGCGAAACACCACUAGUCACAGGCAGCCAACCUGAAAAGGAUCCUUUUAUUCCCAUUCGCUGCCUCCUACCAAUCAGCCAGUGCUCUAACCAUGUUAGUAACUCUCCUGUAAAACCAUGGGCUCUUAACUUGACCUAACUUAAUUCAUGUGUGGCACCUUGUCAAAGGCCUUCUGAAAGUCCAAAUAUACAAUAUCCACUGCAUCCCCUUUCUUUGUCCUACCUGUAAUCUCUUCAACAGGUUUGUCAGGCAGGAUUUUCCCUGAAGGAAACCAUGCUGACUUUGUACUAUCUUGUCCUGUGUCACCAAGUACUCCAUCACUUCGUCCUUAACAAUUGACCCUAACAUCUUCCCAACCACUGAGAUCAGGAUGAUUUCAUUUCUGCUGCCUUCCUCUUUUAAAGAGUGGAGUAACAUUUGCAAUUUUCCAGUCCUUUGGCACCUUUCCAGUCCAAUGAUUUUUGAAAGAUCACUUCUAAUGCCACCACAAUCUCUAACGCUACCUCAUUCAGAAACCUAAGAUGUAGUUCCUUUUGUCUGGGCGACUUACGCACCUUCAGGUCUUUCAGCUUUUUGUCUCUUGUAAUAGUAACUGCACUCACUUCUCUUCUUUUACAUACUACAUCAUCAGCCACACUGCUAGUGUCUUCCACAGUGAAGACUGAUGCAAAAUACUCAUUUAGUUCAUCUGCCAUCUCCUUGUCCCCGUUAUUAUUUCUCCUGCCUCAUUUUCUAGCAGUCCUAUAUCCACUGUCAUUUCUCUUUUAUUUUUUAACAUACUUGAAAUAACUUUUAUCGUCUGCCCUUUCUUUUGCUCUUACAAUAGCUUUGACUUCCCUUAUCAGCCACGGUUGUACUAUUUUACCAUUUGAGUACUUAUUUUUGGAAUACACAUGUUCUGCACCUUCCUCAUUUUCCUCAGAAACUCACGCCAUUGCUGCUCUGCUGACAUCCCUGCCAGCAGCUCCUUCCAGUUUACUUUGGCCAACUCCUCUCUCAUACCACUGUAAUUUCCCUUACUCCACUGAAAUACUGCUACAUCAGACUUUACUUUCUCCCUAUCAAAUUUCAAGUUGAACACCAUCAUAUCGUGAUCAUUGGUUCCUAAGGGUUCUUUUACCUUAAGCUCCGUAAUCGCCUCCGGUUGAUUACAUAACACCCAAUCCACUAGAGCUGAUCUUCAACGACAAACUACUCUUAGGCAUUCAACAAACUCACUCUCAUGAGAUCCAUUACCAACCUAAUUUUCCCAAUUGACCUGCAUGUUAAAAUCUCCCAUGACUACCAUAACAUUGCCCUUUAGGCUCACUUUUUCUAUUUCCUGUGGUCCACCUCCCAGCCACUGUUGGGAAUCCUGUAUAUAACUGCCAUCAACGUCCUUUUACCCUUGCAGUUUCUUAACUCAACCCACAAGGAUUCUACAUCUUCCAAUCUUAUACCACAUCUUUCUACUGAUUUGAUGCCAUUCUUUACCAGUAGAGCCACACUGCCCCUCUGCCUACCUUCCUGUCCCUCCGAUACAAAGUGUAACCUUGGACAUUCAGCUCCCAACUACAACCAUCCUUCAGCCAUGAUUUAGUGAUGGCCACAUCAUCUUACCUGGCAAUCUGUAACAUUGCAACAAGAUCACCCACCUUAUUUGUUAUACUACGCGCAUUUAGAUACAACACCUUGGUGCUGUCCUUUCUGACUCUGCAUCCCUAAUGAUUUGAUACUCAGCCUGUUGGCUGCAACUAAAUCCCAUCACCUGCCUGCCCUUCCUGACAAUCUGACUGCAUGCUAUCUUUACUUUUUUACCAUCCGUCCUAUCGUGAGUUCCUUCACUCCGGCUCCCACCCCGCCCCCCCGGUCAAGUUUGCUUAAACCCUCCCCAACAGCUGUAACAAACCUGCCCGCAAGAAUAUUGGUCCCCCUCGUGUUCAAGUGUGACCUGUCACUUUGGAACAGAUCACAGCUCCCCCAGAAGAGAUCCCAAUGAUCCAAGUACCUGAAGCCCUACCCCCUGCACCAGCUUCUCAGCCACACAUUUAUCUGCCAAAUCAUCCUGUUUCUACCCUCAAAGGCGCGUGGCUCAGGUAGCAAUCCAGAAAAUACUACCCGGGAGGUCCUGCUUCUCAGCUUUCUACCUAGCCCUCUAAAUUCUCUUUUCAGGACCUCAUUGCUUUUCCUUCCCAUGUCAUUGGUACCAAACUCCACACCCAUAGGGUAGGACAACAAACAUUGUGCCAAAAAACAACAAACUGUCCAAAUACAAAAAUGAUUAACUAAUAAAUAAAUAGAUAAAUAGUUAGAUGACUAAACAAACAAGCAAAUAAGCAAUCAAUAUCAAAAGCAUGAGAAGAGGAAUCCUUGAAAGUUGUUCAGUUCAGUGAUGGAGUGAGUGGUUCAAGAGUCCUCGGUAAUAACUGUUCCUGAACAUCGUGGUGCAGGUCAGGAGGCUCCUGUACCACCUUCCUGAUGGCAGCAGUGAGAAGAGAGCAUAGCCUAUAUGUUUGGGGUCCCUUAUGAUGGAUGCUGCUUUCCUGCAACAGCGCUGUGUGUAGAUGUGCUCAGUGGAGGGGGUGGGGGGUGCUUUACUCAUGAUUGACUGGGCCGUAUCCACUACGUAUUGUAGACUUUUCCAUACAAAUGUAUUGGUGUUUCCAUACUAGGCCGUGAUACAAGCGGUCAAUAUACUAUCCACCACGCGUCUAUAGAAGUUUGUCACAGUUUUAGAUAACAUGUCAAAUCUAUGCAAACUUCUAAGAAAUCAGAGGCACUGCUGUGCUUUCGUCAUAAUGGCAUUUAUAUACUGGAGCCAGGACAGCUUCUCUGAAAAAAUAUCACUGAGGAAUUUGAAGUUGCUGACCCUUUCCACCUCUGAUCUCCCUAUGAAGAUUGGCUCAUGGACGUCUGGUUUCCUCCUCCUGAAGUCAAUAAUCAUCUGUUUGGUCUUACUGAUAUUGAGUGAUAGGUGGUGGUUGUGGCACCACUCACUCAGUCUCCCUCCUAUAUGCUGAGUUAGCCAAUGACAGUGGUGUUGUUAGCAAACUUAAACAUGGCAUCACAGUUAUCAGUAUAAAGUGAGUAGGUUAAGGGGCGAAGCUCACAAACUGCUCACCUGUGCAGAUGGAGAUUGUGGAGGAGAGUUUGCCGAUAUGAGCUGAUUGGGGUCUGUUGGUGAGAAAUUUGAGGAUCCAGUUGCACAAGGUGGUAUCAAACCCAAGGUGUUGAAGAUUAUUGAUUAGUUUUGAGGGGAUAAUGGUAUUGAAUGCCGAGCUGUAGUCAAUGACGUAUGCAUCUUCACUGUCCAGAUGUUCCACGAUUGAGUGAAGAACCAAUUAAAUAUCAUGCAUUGUGGAUCUGUUGCUUCAACAGGCAAAUUGGAGUAAAUCCAAGUCGCUUCUCAGGCAGGAGUUGAUAUGUUUCAUCACCAGCCUCUCAAAGCACUUCAUCACAGUGGAUAUACUGUAAAUGCAACUGGAUGAUAGUCAUUCAGGCAAGUUACCACGUUCUUCUUAGGCACCGGUAUAAUUGAAGCCUGUUUGAAGCAAUUUGGUACCUCAGACUGCUGAAGCAAGAGGUUAAAGUUAUCUGAACACUCCAGCCGGUUGAUCAGUAUAGGUCUUUAGUACGCCGCCAGGGCUGGAUGCUUUCUGUGGAUGCACCCUCCUGAGGGAUGCCCUCACAUCAGCCUCUGAAACGGAAAUCAAAGGGUCAUUGGGGUCUGUGGGAGGUUGUGAAGGUGCCUCCAAGUUUUAGUAGUCAAAGUGAGCAUAAAGGACAUCAGAGAAGGUUCAGUACAUGACACGAAAUUAAAUAUUUCAUAAAUAUGUUCAUAUGUAUUUAAUAGAAUUGAAUUUUAAGGAAAUCAAUGAGUCAAGAUUUUACUGCCUCAAAGCUCUGUAUUCCUACAAAUAAAUUACCAUCAGUGUUGACCAGCAUUACAGGUACAGUACAUGGCAGCAGAUAAACAGCUUUCACAAGAAAAACAUAAAUUAUGCACAGUUUUUACAAGAAAGAUGAAAUUAGAACAAAAAAAACAAAAAUAGA